AUGCUCGACACCACCCCUUCGCAAGACGGAUCCAUCAUGGACCUCGACCAGCGCCCGCCCGAGGCCGACGUCCGCCUCCAACACAGCCAUCCCUCCCCGGCGCCCGCCCACACCUCCACCGCGCCCCCGUCUGCUCACCACUCACCCAUCCCCGCGCCGCACCAGAAGCCCACUCUGCCUCCAAUCAGCGGCCGGCCCUCGCCGCCCGCCUCGUCCAGGUCGCGCGAGUACAGUCUGCCCGCCCAGACGCCCACCACCAACGGCCACAGGACCAAUGGCCCUCAGCUCGCCUAUCCCAGCCCGAGUCCGCAGGACGUGUCCAUGGAUGCCCUCUCACGCCUGCAGACCCAGGUCCAGUACAACACCGCCAGCCUCAACACCCAGCGCCGCGAUUUCGAGGCCCUCACUCACGCCGUCGGCCGUCUCUCCGAGGAUAUGGUCCGCAUGGAGAGCCUGGUCGUGACUUUGAGAAAAGAGAUCCUUGCCCGUCCAAUUGCGCCUGCAGCCCCCGCCCAGCCCGGCAGCAACAUUGACGAAGCCAUGAUUGAGACUUUCGCCAGCAACCUCACCAGCGUGGCGAACAAGGUCAGCGAGGUGGACGCGUUGAAGAUGCAGCUCGAGAUUGUCAAGCGCCGCGUGAAGAUCAUGGAGGAGGCCGUUGCCACAGCAGGACCUCCCACCAGCACAGCACCGCCGCCUUCUGCAGUUCCCUACGCAUCUCCUCGGGAACCAAGUCAAAUGCAGCCUCUACACCCCAUGCAGCACGCCCCUCUCCCAGGGCAUGCACCCGCCGCGCACCACCAAGCGCCUCCUUUCCACGCCUCGCCCCCGGUGCCUCGUCUAGGCACCCCGAGCCACGGAGAACUGCGCCCUGACCUUCGGCCAGCGCCUUCGGUUCAAGCCUACCAUCCUGCGACCCAGGAGAUGCACGGUGUCGCGGCCCCCGGAGGCCAGCCGGGUCAGCCAAGCCAGAACAGUGGCUGGGUGUCGGUCAACCCCGCUGCGAAAAGGCAGCAUCCUAACGGGGUAGAUAGCCCCAUGGACGGACGGUCGGAGACGAUGGGAUCCCCGAAGCGGCCAAAGCUUGCUCCUCUUGAGCCCCGUGUUGGUCCGGAGUCGGCGCCAGCAUCGACGCCGAUAAGGUACGAUCCAGUCGAGCGGGAGGGAAGAGACUAUCACGCAGAAGCCAUGCGGGAACAGCAACAGUAUCCGGCCGUCACGCCAACAACCUUCGUUCCGUUCACCUCGACCGAGCAAAUCCACGUCGAAGACAACUGGCAUUCUGAAGCGCACCACGGACCCUCAUCUGCCGGCAAGGAGUCGAGACGCGGAAGAGGAGGCGGUCGCGGCCGCGGCCGUCGGAGCUUGCCCGCAGACACUCGCGAACUUGGGACACCAGAGUGGGAAAAGUCCGGCUAUCAGACCGGGCCGGAGGGUUACUACCACGUGGAGGUUGGACCGAACGGUGCUAAGCUCCCUCGAAGCGGUAACCUUGUGCGCCGUGGCUCGGGUGGCAACGGCCCCAUCGCAAUGAGGCCCAUUGAGAUGACUCGACCCACCACCAGCGGCGAUCCGUAUGCGCACACGAAGAAGACUAGAACGAAGCCUAUCCGCAACGCCGAUGGCAUCCUCAUCCGCAAGGAUGGCAGGCCCGACAUGCGGUCGCAAAGCAGUGCCGCGAACUUGCGCAAGGUCCACGCUCGCAAGGAGCAGGAGCGUAUCCUGGAACAGCGUGCCAACACCCCUUCCUCAAGUCUGGCCACCGCUCCCAUGAGUAAUGAUAGCCAAAACGGCAGCCAAACGGCCGAGAGUACACCGGACAAGGAAAACGCGCCGGCGGACGACAAGGAUCGCCACGAAGCCAUUAUGAAGCAGAUGUUCCCCAACGGUGUCGACGACCAGGUCAGCCGUCGUAACUUCCACGACCAAUUCUUCCCGGGCGGCAUGUCGCCUACGGUGGCCAAGGUCAAACCCGAAGUCACCAGCCCCUCGGAGCGUUCCAUUUCCGAGGUAGAAGAGCCCGCGAGAAGAAGAUCUCAGGUCAACAGCCACACUCGAUCACCAACACUUGAUGCUCAUGAGGCAGACAAGAUGGACGUCUCACAAGACCUCGCGCCCCAGCCUGUUUCACAGGCAGCAUAA